AUGUCCUCAACGCUCCUCAUCCACCACCUCAACGACUCGCGCUCCCAGCGGAUUCUCUGGCUCGUGGAGGAGCUUGGCGUCCCAUAUGAGGUCAAGAGAUACGAACGCGGCGCGGAUCGUCUCGCGCCCAAGGAGCUUAAGGAGGUCAACCCACUCGGCGGCGCGCCAGUGAUCACCGACGGAGGGCGGAAUCUGCCUGAGAGCGGGGCGAUCGUGGAGUACAUCAUCUCCAAGUACGGCGAAGGGCGCGCGCAGCCUCCCGAAGCCGGCAUGCUCGAUAACCUCUACUUCACCCACUACUCCGAGGCGUCCCUGAUGCCGAUGCUCGUACAGCAGCUUAUAUUCAAGAUGAUCCCCGCCCAGGCGCCCUUCCUCAUCCGCCCGCUCCUCAACGCGAUCUUCAACAAGAUCAGCGCGGGGUUCAUCGAGCCGCGCCUCAAGCUGCACGCGGACAUGAUCGAGAAGCACCUGGAGAAGUGCGGGGACUGGAUCGCGGGCGGCAGCGAGCCGACGGCGGCGGACUACAUGAUGGUGUUCUGCUUGGAGGCGUGGGGGAACUCGUCGCCGUUCCUGCUCGGGCCGAAGACGAAGGCGUACGUGAACCGCGCGCAUGCGAGACCGGCGUACAAGCGGGCGCUCGAGAAGGGCGGAGAGUACAAGUACGCUGGGGAUCUGUAG